AAGUGGCGUGCAAGUGCGGUACUGACUCGCUUUGUAGCUGGACUUUCCCCUCUUCUUCCCCCCCUGCUGUGGAAAUAUCGGUGAACAUUACUUGAUCGGUGAAGGAAAGUCAGAAGCAAUGAGUGGAAGUUACAGUUUGAACAGAUUCGAUAAAGAUGUACCGAGAUUUACAUUGUCUGACGAGGAGCAAAUAGAACUUGACAUCUACAAGAAAAAGCUGAGGAUUGAGAAUGAGAAGUACUUGCGUCAGCAUAUAGAAUUACCGAUUCUGUUGCAGAAGUUUACAAGGAGUGUGUUGAAGGAACAACCCACGGAUAUUGGUCAUUUUGCUUCAAAGUUCUUCGCCCAGACAAACCUUCGUAAUGAAAUUGAGCAGGAAAUCAGUUUAGCAUCACUUCGACGACAGUCAUGACUACGACAUGCCAGAAUCUGCUCGUGCAAAUUUGGUACAACUCUAUAUCAGUAUGUGCACUCCACAUGCUUCAUUCAUGUCUGACUGGCUUAUAACAUUCAUGUGCUGACUGGCUUAUAACUGUCACUGUAUUCUACGAAUACUAGUAUGCCGGCUAUGCAGGACUUCAUGUGUUUUACUGCUUCAAUCAGACUCAAUAAUUGAUGGAAUGUAAAGUUGAGGAAAUGGCAGUGCCGAUGUUAUCCGCGCAUUGCCACACACUACUGCUGCUGUUGCUGCAGUCUUCGAAGUUCACCUGUGUAAUAUGGCUGCCAACUAAUGCUAUAUUGAUGUCAUCUUGUUCUAGUGACCUUGCUGCAACUUUUGUACUAAAACAUACAGUCAAACAAUGAUCUCUCGUCUACUUCAGUACUAGACUAGAAUAAUGUAUUAUAUUGUUUUUCUAAGCACUCGCAGACUCCAUUGCAGCCAUUCACACAUUAUAGGGUACCUCACUUCUAACUCUCCAACUACGGUCUCUUUGCUGCAUAUGUUCACUUCACUUCCAAAAAAAAACAAAUAAUAUUAGAUAUAAAUUGAAUGCACCUUAUUAUUAUAUUGUUUUGUGCAAUAAUAACAUCACAAUGAGCUGUGAUGCAGCAAAUGUGGUUUUGGACUAAAUCACUUGAAGUAAAUGCUAGGCUAAAAGCAAAUUGUCUAUCCUGUCUGUAUGGUUCAUCAAGCAGGGACAAGCAUUUUAUCUGUAUGACGUAGCUGCACUUUUUAGAGCCAGGGGAAUCCCCCGUUCACCAUCCAGCAACCAUCAGUCCCAAUCAAUUUAGCAACGCGUCUGGGUCUCAAAAUCACAUACAACACUGUAGUUACAAUGUUGAACAUUGCCGUAUUUUCCAGAGUAUAAGUAUAAGCUGCACUUUGAACACAAGUAAUUCAUCCAAGUAGCUACAUUCACAUGCAGUCCUCACAGCGACGCAAGAAGACACCCCUUUCUAGUCUAUCCAACGUUCCUUCCCUUCUUUUCAGGACAGUACAGGGAAGGAUGAAAAGUAUGAUUAGGACUGGAAUAAUUAUUAUAAAGUUCAGCUCGGAUGGUGAGCCAAUUAUGGUAAAAAGGAGGAGGACAAAAAUCCCCUCUUGGACCAACCUGAGCCCUCCAAGUUGGAAGGUUGUUGGUUUGCGUCUCGGAGAAGUGUUGGAGCUAGGUGUCAGGUCGUUGAAUGUCUCAGUAUUCCUUGCCAGUUUGGUGCCAUUUUUGUCGCACUCGAUGACUGUAUAUGAUCUGGUUACGUUGGUGGACAGUUAGUCAUAACUCGUAACAUUUUAUCAUUCUCCUUUUUUACCAUAAUUGUAAUUAUACUAGUAAUUUGAUUACUUGUAAAUUUUAAUAAUGUCAGUCAGUUGUCUGAUGAUUGCCCAUGGGCAUGAAACCAAUAGUUACAACCGGA